AUGAGAGCUGAGAAACCAAAGGUUACAUGGUUCAAUGACCAAUCUCUAGCAAAGACAAUGUUCAACCUGACCAUGAAGACUCAUAAUAUGCGGUUAGCUCUACUAAAUGAGAUUGGAGGAUUAGGAUUAAUUGCUCAAUAA